GACAUGGGGAACUGUGUUUGAAAAUGUCAUCAGUUUAGGGACUCUCUCUGAAUCCUCUGCAUCGUCUAUAUGUUUUCGAAGAAACAUCUCUUCCUUCACUUUUGUAUAAUUUAUUGUUGUUUUUCUCUGAUUUCUUUGUGCUGUAAUUGAAAAAUAUGUCGAUGAUGUUAGAAUCAUCAAAUAUGUGUCGUGUGUGUUCAUCAGCCGGUCUUUACGACAUUCACAGUCCGAUACCAUUUUAUUUACAUUCUAAUGUCAAUGAAUUCAGUUUUUGGACCAAAAGCAUAAAAGUGCUAAUGGAGGAAGUGACGGGAUUUGAGAUAUCCAAAGACGAUGGACUUCCACAAAAGAUAUGCACCAUUUGCAUAUCAUACUUAAAACAUGCAGCCAGCUUCCGACAACAAGUCCUAACCAACAGUAAUCAACUGCGAAGUUCGUCAUUAAAAGCAACACACCUGCAACUGGGUGCAUCGCCACUGCCAGUUACGUCAGAGAAAUUCUAUCCAAUCAACGAGACGAAUGUCAACAAAGUGGCGUACGAGAAUUUAAAGGCUGAAUUGGAUCUAUUCUUCGAAGACAAUAACGAUCUGGACACUGACGACGAUUCGGAUGACGAUCGGCAGUCAAAUGAUGUGAACGAAUACAAUCCGAAUAGAUUUACGAAAAUGGACACCACCAAGACUGCCAUUCAGAAUUUCUUCAAUUAUUCGGAAAAGAUAUUCGAGGAGGAUGUGCUCAGCGGUUUCGAUCGGAUCGAAAUUAACCAACCGGAUGAUUACAAGGAGCGCAAGUGUCAUGCCUGUAAAUGUCGGUUCAUGUUACAGGAGUCAUAUGAAUCUCACAUGAAGGAUUGCAUUCAAGCGAAGCUGGUCAGUUUUAUAACCGACUGCCAUCAGUUGUUAAUAGUUAAAAAGCAUAAGGCUGUUUCCACUGCCGAAUUUAUGAGGCGCAUGAUAUUUUCGCUGAAAAACAUUGUCAAAUCGCUGGCGCUAUCAUACCGAGUCAUCACCAAAAAACAACCAAUAAAGGACACAAACCCGGAUGUAGUCCGAACUGAGAACGCCUUUCAAGGUUUCGAUCAGCGCCUAUUCCAUGCCACUGAAGACAUUGCAGUGACAAAGAAAUUGCCACCGCCAUUGAAAUCGAUGAAACCGCCGUCACCAUCAGCGGUACCCUUUCGAGAUAGAAAUUCCAAAAUUUUACCGAAAAGUGUUGCAACGAGUACGCCAAAACCGCAAACAUCGUUCGCUGCCAAAUGUACGAUAUGCCAAAUUUUAUUCAACGGAAUCGGUGAGUUAGAGAAACAUAAUCGUCAGACGCACAAUUCCAGUCGCGAGAGAAGCAGUUCGGCUAGUUCGAAUCGUUCGUUUGUCCAGGCCAACGGGGCAAUGUUGUUGGACGAAGAGGAUUAUCUGCAUGAGGGAAUUGUGGAUGUUUUUAAAUUGCGUCGACGAAGCCCGAAUGUCGUUAACAUCGAGCUCAAUUCGAAUCACUGAAUAUUUGGAUUUUCUUUUAAAAUUGGCUAUACGUAUCUACUGUACGCGUCAUACCAAGUGUAUCAUAAGCUAAAAAUAAAAGUUUAAUUGGAAG